AUGACGCACGAAAAACAUACCACCGAAACCCGCCGAGUUUCCAUCGAUGCGGAUGGAGAAUCUCUCGGCCGCCGUACUUCAGCUUUGGAGGAAGUUCCAACUUUCGUUCCUCCACCAGGCUUUCCAGGCCUGCCCGUUACACGUCGCAGAAGCACCGUCUCACAGACUUCUCGGGUCACCUUUGAGAAUGAGCGCCCAGAGGACAUGGAGGAGCUUGUCCUCAGCGCCUCGGCAUUGAGCAAGCACCGGUCGAGAGAUAAGCGUGAAUCUCAGGACAACGUCUUUGAGCUUCCCGCGUUCCCUCGCGCAGCCAAACCGGGGCCCGUGGGCACGAUUCGCGAAGUGCCAUCGGAAUAUACCACGCCGCAGUCUACACGGCCUCCGUCUCCCGUUUCUGGCUUCACCCCGGGACCGACGUCUUCCAGUGAGGCAUCCGGAACCCAGACUCCGGCGGAGUUUGAAGUCGGCGCCGGUCAAGCCUACCCAGAUGUUGGCACGGUUGCAUCUUUUCGUAGAGCUAUUGUGCUCCUCUGUACUUGCGGCGCGCAGUUACUUGACAACAUUUUUAUGACCGGAAUCAACAUUGCUCUUCCUGCUAUUCAAAAGGAGUUCGAUGUAAAGAGUAGUGAGCUGCAGUGGCUCAUCUCAGCUUACACUCUCACAUUUGGCGGCUUUUUGUUGCUGUCGGGAGUUCUUGCGGAUAGAUUCGGCAGGAAAUUGAUCUUCUGCUCCGGUAUGGCAACUUUGAGCAUCUGGACGAUCGCCAAUGGCUUCGCAACUUCGUUCAUUCAACUAUCCAUCUUCCGAGCGCUUCAAGGAAUUGGUGCUGCAAUGACAGUACCGUCGGCUGUCGGAAUCAUCAGCAAUUACUUUGUCGCAAAAGAUCGAACUCUGGCUCUGACAAUUUUUGGCGCCGCCGGAGCUGUUGGCUUUUGUCUCGGUUUGAUUUUUGGCGGAUUUCUGACUUCGUCCCUGGGAUGGCGAUACAUUUUUUACAUCCCAGUGGCAGUCACUGGAACUCUUGGUGUAAUUGGAUGGAUUUUCCUUCCAAAAGACAGGAUGGAGGGUAACUCCCGACCCAAACUGGACUUUGUUGGUGCCGGUUUGUCAACUGCUGGGCUCAUUCUUCUCAGCUUCGUACUUUCGAGCGGUGGCGAGUAUGGGUGGGGCAAGGCUUUCAUCAUUGCUCUGCUUGUCGUCAGCAUCGCCAUGAUCGUCGCCUUCACUUACGUCGAGAAGAAGGUAGCGAACCCCAUCAUGCCUCUUUCACUGUGGAAACUGGAAAACUUUGCCGCUCUGUGGAUUGGCGGUUUCGUUAUGUACGGAGGUUAUCAAACCACCAUUUACUACACGACACUCAUCGCCCAGGAAGUCAAUAAGCUCAGUGCCGGUGAGACUGCGCUUCGUUUCCUUCCCAUGGGCGCGACUGGAUUCAUUUUCAGUCUCGCCAUGUCUCGGAUGCUCGAGAUCUUUAAUCCCAAGUGGUUGCUUACCGCAGGCAUGGCUAUCUGUGCCAUUGCCCCGGUGCCCUCAGCGCUGAUGCGGGAUGACGAUCUCAACUUCUGGAAACAUAUCUUCCCGACCACAGUCAUCGGUGUUGCUGGUACCACUAUCGUGUACUGCACCAUCACCGUCGUGCUUCUGGCGUCAGUCCCGGUGAACGUCAAGAGCCUCUGCGGCGGGAUGAUAAAUACGGCGUUCCAGAUCGGCAGCGGCGUUGGGCUCGCUGUGGCCAGCGCUGUUGUUCAGGCUGUUGAUAUUAAGAAGGGCCAUGGUCUUCUCCAACAGUAUGGCACAGGUUUGUGGUGCUGUGUUGGUUUCGCUGGCGUUGGUGUUGUGGCAAGUAUCUUUGGUGUUAAAAAUAUUGGUAGAGUUACCAGCGGUCCAGUGAUGGCUCACUAA